GUUGUACCUGGUACCUUCAGUUCUGUUCCAAUGUUGGUAGUUGCACAAUUAGUCUGUUACUCUGUUGUAAUUCGUUUGCAGUAGGCCUAUGUGGUUCAUAGAUGUCUACCUUCUAAGCUCUAAUGUGUGUUUUCCUUUGCAGGGAGCAAAAAACAAAUACCGACAAAGUGCAUUUCACCAAGUAUAGUUUGGAGGAUAUGUAUACUGAUAAUAAUGGAGGCGACAUUGGAAAUCCAAACAACCAAUGCUGCCUGUUCAAGCAACUGAAUUUCAAGUCUCUGUUUGCUAAAGGGACAGAGACCAGAAAGACACAGCAAACAGGUUAGCAUUCUCGAACACUUUGCUUCUGAUCUUUUCCACCUCUUCAGAGUUUUUGAAGUAAACAAAUUAUAAAGCGGGGGGAAAAAUACAAAAAAAUAUGCACACUUCAAGGGAACCGAAUCUUCCAUAUCACCAAGCACAUUAAAUGCUCUUUGCAUUGGAGCUUGGGUGUGUUUUAAUUUCCUCCAAGAGGGAGAGAUGGAACUGCCAAGAUGUCUGUUUUUCCUCUUUUAACUUAAAAAAAUUUCCCCCAAGAGAGAAACAGAAAAAACAAAAAGAAUACAAGGUUCUCACCACCUACUAGGGAAAGAAUCAAAUUGCUGUUUUCCGUCUUCCUAGAGUGUCAUAGCAUAGGGUUCUGAAACUUGGAAUUAGAAAUUGAACAGAUUGGCCCCCCUGUUUACUUCUCUAUGGUUUUUUAGGUUGAGAUAUGAUUUCUAUGUACCAAAAACAAGCUCGAU